AUGAUAAAAUAACUUCCAUAUAGUUAAAGAGAAAGGAUGAGUCUUAUUGAUUUGCUUUUUGAUGAAUGCUAUCAAAAAUAAAAGACUUUACCUUAAAACAUCCCUUUAAUCAGUACAAAACCAAGUGCUAAGAAAUCAGCACCAAUUAUUAAAUCUUUUGAGAGUAAGAAUUUACCAAAGGAAUAAUUCAUAAAAUAGAAAGAUAAACUAUCGAAUAUUUACUCAAUUAAUGAAUCAAUAAUCUCAAAUCCUCAAAAAGAAUAAUGGGAAUAUUAAUAAGUUUAGAAUUCUCAAUAAAAAUUACUGGAAUUGUUAAAACCUAUAAAAUUUAAGAAAUAAAAGAAAAAAGACAAUUUUAGAUUGCAUAAUAGUGAAAGUUGCUUAAAUAAUUAAUAGAAAUUACCUAAUUUGUCUUCAAGUAUAAAUUAAAAUAUGAAGAAUUGUAAUUCAUAUAGAAUUUAAGUAAGAUAAUCAGUUUAAGAUAUAAUUAAAUGUAAAAUAUGUUUCACAUAUAUCGAAUUUGAUAAUUUUAAAUUAAAUUGUAAACAUAGCUUUCAUAAAGAUUGUUUGAGAGAUUAACUUUAAUAAUAAAUAAAUUAAGGAUAAUAUCAUUUAAAUUGCAUUAGUUGUAAUGAAAGAAUAAAAAGCAACUAAUUGAGAAAUGUAUUAAAUAAGAGUAUUAUUGAAUUAUACUACUUAAAUUAAAUUAAAUUUAUUGUUUCAAAAUAUCAUAAUAUAGUACAAUUUGAGAAAUGUAAAAAAUGUUUCUUUUUUUGGAUUAAAAUACCAUUAACAAAUAAUAACGAAUCCUAUUGUUAGAUUUGUGACUCAAAUAAAUGA